AUGUCGUACAACCACGAAUCAUUCAAAGAGCACACAAAUUUCCAGUCGGUGCAUUCAUUUCUUAACCUGUUUCAGUCAAAGGACUUUAAUGAUAGUAUUAUACAGUUGGAAGUUCCAAGCAUAGACUCUUCACGAGAGGUGUCAGCAUCACCUUCAAAUACCAAGAAUUCAACAAGGCCCCAUUUUGAUUCAAAGCAAUACUACCAUCCCCUCGAACAACUACCACAAGCACAAGCACAACUACAACAACAGUUUCCAGAUCAAUUUCAAUUUUCGAAUUUAAACAAAGACUUCAGCGAAAAGAAUGACACAGUUCGUGCCAAUAAGAAGAAGUUGAGGACUGCUGGCAAUAUUCUAGCCCCUGAUCAGAUCUCCCGAACACCUUCAACUUCACCACCUUUGAUGUCGCCGAUAUUUACCAACGACUUGCUUUCAUCAUCUCCGGAAAUGGAUUUACUUGAGUUUGAAGAGGAUGACGACGAUGAUGAUGAAGAUGAUGAUGAAGAGGAAGCAAUAUUUGGUGACAGUUAUAAUGAAAACAGCAAUAGAGUUAAACGCUGGAAUCAGGAUGAUAUUUUUCAACUGCACGAUAGUGCCAAUGCGAACUCCAACCCACCUGUUCCUGGUUUGUUUCCAAGAAUGAAUUUGAAUGCUCAUGACAAUUUUAUGGAUACCAAAGAACUUCCUUUGGAUCCAGUAGUCCAUAAAAGACAGUAA